UUCCCUGCAUCAAAUUAAUAAAACAAAAACAUUUCUAGCCUCUUCUAUGAACCCAAUUGGCAUGGAUAACCUCGAGUACGUUUUAAUUGUGAUGGCUGUAUUCUCUGUUUUUUGGUAUCUUUGCCUUUACACCAACUCCAAACGGCUGUCUCCACCGUUGCCGCCGGGACCUUGGGGCCUUCCCAUCAUCGGAAACCUUCCAUUCCUCCAACCGGAGCUUCACACAUACUUCCAAGGGCUGGCUAAACAGCACGGUCCCAUUUUCAAACUCUGGCUCGGUGCCAAGCUGGCUAUUGUGGUUACCUCUCCUGAAGUAGCGCAAGAGAUUCUCAAAACGAAUGAUGCUAUCUUUGCGAACCAUGAUGUCCCUGCUGUUGCUCCGGCCAACACAUACGGUGGUAUUGAGAUAGUUUGGUCGCCGUAUGGACCAAAGUGGCGGAUGCUUAGGAAACUAUGUGUUAAUAGGAUCCUAAGCAACGCCAUGUUGGAUUCCUCCAUUGAACUCCGUCGUGGAGAGACUCGGCGAACAGUCCGGUCUUUAGCAGACCAGGCUCGAGCCGGGUCGCCCGUUAACCUAGGAGAACAUAUAUUUUUGAUGAUAUUAAAUGUUGUGACGCAAAUGUUAUGGGGCACGACGGUCAAGGGAGAAGAGAGGGAGAGUGUUGGAGCCGAGUUCUUAGAAUUGGUUACAGAGAUGAAUGGCCUCUUACUAAAGCCUAAUAUCUCUGACUUUUUUCCGGUAUUGAGCCGGUUUGAUCUUCAGGGUUUGGUUAAGCGUAUGAAAAGACCGGCUCAAAGGAUGGACCAGAUGUUUGACCGGAUCAUUAACCAACGACUGGGGAUGGAUAGGGACAGUGAUGGGAGAACUGUGGAUUUUCUAGAUGUCUUGUUAAAAGUGAAGGAUGAAGAAGAUGACAAAACAAAACUAACCAUGAACGAUGUCAAGGCGUUGCUCAUGGACAUGGUGCUCGCUGGUACUGACACAUCAUUACACGUCAUAGAAUUCGCGAUGGCCGAGCUAUUACAAAACCCGGAUAUCAUGAAAAGAGCUCAACAAGAGCUUGACAAAGUUGUGGGCACAUAUAAAGUGGUGGAGGAAUAUCACAUCUCUAAACUUCCAUACAUACUUGCCAUUAUGAAAGAGACUCUAAGGCUUCACACGAUUAUUCCACUCCUUGUUCCUCGCCGCCCUUCACAAACCACCGUGGUGGGCGGCUUCACCAUCCCUAAAGAUUCAAAGAUUUUUAUCAACGUGUGGGCGAUGCAUAGGAAUCCAAAUAUAUGGGAGGAUCCACUCAAGUUUGAUCCUGACAGGUUUCUUGAUAAGUCUUGUGACUUCAUUAAUGGAAAUGACUUCAAUUAUCUACCGUUUGGGUCUGGUCGUAGGAUUUGUCCGGGAAUGAAUAUGGGCGAGAGGGUUGUUCUUUUCAAUAUCGCUACGUUCUUGCAUUCAUUUGAUUGGAUAUUUCCUGAAGCAGAGAGAGUUGAGGUCGAGGAAACGUUUGGGAUCGUGUUGAAGCUGAAAAAUCCACUUAUUGCCACGCCCGUGCUAAGGUUGACGGAUCCAAAUCUUUAUCUAUAGUUCAACGCAAAGGAGAAUUGUACGUUCUAUGUCUUCUAUAAUCUAAUAAAAGCAGUACUAUCACGUGAAUAAAAUUUCCAUAACAUUCUAAGAAGAAUGUAAAAAGACAAAGACCUAAUGUGAUAUACAUGAACAUAUACUUUUUAGUUUCA